GAAGCUGCGACCCUCUCUCAUUUCGAAUCAACCACAUCCCGUACAAUGGCGACUUCUAUCCUCGGCAGGAAGAUGGAUUUCAUCUACCUGAUCUUCUUCGCCAUACACAUUCCCGUCGUGAUAUGUACGUGAAAAGACGCGAAAAGGGCAAACCAAUACGCAAGAAGAAAAAUAGGAAGAAACAGAACAAUAUGUAUAAAGACGAUCACGCCCGUUGCAAUUCUGUCCCCAGCCCAGCUUCUUGUCAAGCGUACCUGACGUUCACUUGCAUUGACCACCAUUUGAACGCAGUGGUCGACUCGUACAUCCUGUGGCCGCCGGCGCGAAUUCCGGCCUUCAUGACGAACCUGCGACAGUUCUACAUCGCAACUUACAAGGACAUCUUCUUCAUCAAUCCCCCGGCAUGGUUCCAUCUCUACGUCCGCAUGGAAGCAGUCUACCAUCUUCCCAUAUCGGCAUGGGCAGUAUACGGCCUGCUCACAGAUGCUCCCCUCGUCCCGCUGCAUCUGCUCAUCUAUGCCGUGCAGACGGGCGUUACGACGGCCACGUGCAUCGCUGAGGCAUUGAGCUGGCAAGGUCUCUCCGGCAGCGAAAAGAAUGCGUUGAUGGGACUGUACCUGCCGUAUCUGGCCGUCUCUAUCUUCAUGGGAAUAGACAUGUUCAUGCGCCUGAGCAGUAUAAUACAUGCGUCUAUGAGGGACAGGGAGGCGAAGAAACUGAAUUGAAGCAUGUAUCCCGCAAAUGUGCAUCGUCUAAUCGAUUAAUGCCCAGCCAGCAGCUUCACACCGUACAUGGUUGUUGCAGUGGCUUGGGGCCUAGGUCAGCCUCGCAAUGCUUUAUCCAUAUGAAAUGCGCGCGCCCGAAACACCAAUCGCUCAAAUGCAAAAUGCAUAAGCCUACUCUUCUUCAAACCCGUUGCCUUGUUAUAUCCAUCCCAGUGUCAAUGUUGCUUUACGAGAUGAAUUGUCUCAUCUUAAGCGUCACUUCAGUCUUUCAGGGACAGCUUGGCAAAAGCAUCUACGAUGUGAGCCUGCUUGCGUGCCCACGUCCUGGCUAAUAUCUCUUCCACGCUUCCUCCAUUAGAACACGACUCUCUCUACCAGCUCCUUCACCCUCUCAAUCAUUUCUUUAUCUCUGCCUACAAGUACUCCUCCCUCAAGGAUCCCUCUCACCAUGUUCAAUGCCACAGCGCCAUUCUCUUCGCUGCCGAAUGGCACGCCGCCACCCCUCCUGCUUUCUUCGCACCACGCUGCC